AUGAGCUUGCUGUCUGUGAACACAGUUGAUCGCCUCGAUCGACCCAGCGCAUACUAUGCGGGCAAGAACAAGCGACGCAGAUUUAAUGAUCGCGAGGAAGAGGAACAGCAGGAGAAACCCGACGACAAGUUGAAAAACGCGACGACCCUCUAUGUGGGAAAUCUUUCCUUCUAUACCACCGAAGAACAAAUUCACGAGCUUUUCGCCAAGUGCGGUGAAAUCAAGCGACUAGUCAUGGGUCUCGACCGAUUCAAUAAAACACCCUGCGGUUUCUGCUUCGUCGAGUAUUAUACCCACCAGGAUGCGCUAGAUUGCUUGAAGUACAUUGGAGGAACAAAGCUCGAUGAGCGGAUCAUCCGGACAGAUCUUGACCCCGGAUUUGAAGAAGGGCGACAAUUCGGACGAGGCAAAUCUGGCGGUCAAGUGCGUGAUGAAUACCGCGAAGAAUACGAUCCGGGCCGUGGUGGGUAUGGCCGCGCUUAUGAUGAGCAGCGCCAGCGUGAGGAAGAUGAAUACGGUGCCGGAAGGUAG